UAUUACAACCACCUCCUUUUCUCUCAUCACAAAGAGAGAUCAUGGUGAAGUUCUCAAAGCAGUUUGAAGGUCAGCUUGUUCCUGAAUGGAAAGAAGCUUUUGUUGAUUAUUGGGAACUAAAGAAAGACCUCAAAAAAAUCCAUCUCCUCAACAGUGAUAACACACCCACUAGUACUACCAUAACCAAGCAACAAAAUAACACCCUCUUUUCCUCCAUUAGGAACUUCUCUUUAUUUGGACAUCAUCAACACAGAAACCAUGGAGCAAUUCAAGUUCAUAAGAAACUUGCUUCAUCUGCAAGUAAGGGAGACAUGUAUGAGACUGAGCUGCUUGAGCAAUUUGCUGAUACUGAUGCUACAAAAGAAUUCUUUGCAUGCUUGGACCACCAGCUCAACAAAGUGAACCAGUUCUUCAAAACAAAGGAGAUGGAGUUCAUGGAAAGAGGGGAGUCCUUGAAGAAACAAUUGGAGAUUCUGAUUGAGGUGAAAACAGCAUUCGAACAACAACGGGGAAAGGGAGCUGUUGCCCAGGACUCCUCCGAGGAUGCUUCUAUUUCAUACACCAUCUCAUGUGAAGAGGAAUCCGUGAAGGACAGAACAGAACAAGAGCAGCAGCAAGAAAACAGAGCAGAUGAAAUGGAAAGAAAUGAUAUGCCAUCUGCAGACUCUCCUAGAUCAGAUGAAUUGGGAAAAUCGAUGCGGAUGAAAAGAGAAGAUGGAAAAAUGAGGACACUCUCGGGGCGUGCUUUUAAUUGCCAAGGAAAGAACUUGAGGAUAAACAUUCCUCUGACAACACCCUCUCGUACCUUCUCUGCAAUUAGUUACUUAGUUUGGGAAGAUUUGGUGAAUCAAUCUUCGAAAAAAUGCGCUCAGGAAGGCAGCAAGCUGCAUGUUAAUCGAACAAAGCUGCGUCAUGCAGAGAAGAUGAUCAAGGGAGCUUUCAUUGAGCUCUAUAAAGGGUUAGGCUAUCUCAAAACUUACAGGAACUUGAACAUGCUCGCUUUUGCAAAGAUUUUGAAGAAGUUUGACAAAGUCACGGAAAAACAAGUUCUUCCUAUUUAUCUCAAAGUAGUCGAGAGCUCCUAUUUCAACAGUUCUGACAAGGUCACAAGCCUAGGAGAUGAAGUUGAGGAGCUGUUCGUCAAACACUUUGCUGAGGAAGACCGAAGAAAGGCCAUGAAAUACCUUAAACCACAACAGCGUAAAGAGUCCCACUCUGUUACCUUCUUCAUCGGACUGUUCACCGGAUGUUUCUUAGCCCUUUUUGCCGGAUAUGUUAUCAUGGCUCGUAUGAUGGAUGUGUACAGACAGCAGUCAAAGCAGACACCUUCAGUUUACAUGGAAACAGUCUAUCCUGUACUCAGUAUGUUCAGCCUACUGUUUUUGCACUUCUUUCUGUAUGGCUGCAAUGUUUUCGCGUGGAGAAAAGCGCGUAUAAACUAUAGCUUCAUCUUCGAGCUAUGCCCCACCAUGGAGCUUAAGUACAGAGAUGUGUUCUUGAUCUGCACGGCUUCAUUGUCUGCUGUAAUGGGGGUCAUGUUUGUUCAUUUGUCACUAAUUACCAAAGGAUAUUCUUAUGCCCAAGUCCAAGCUAUCCCCGGUCUUCUCUUAUUGGUCUUCUUGCUGUUACUUGUGUGCCCCUUCAAUAUUGUCUACCGAUCGAGCCGUUACUGUUUCCUUCGUGUGAUAAGGAACAUCAUUUUAUCACCACUCUACAAGGUUGUCAUGCUGGACUUCUUCAUGGCUGAUCAACUUUGUAGUCAGGUUCCAAUGCUCAGAAAUCUUGAAUAUGUGGCGUGCUACUAUAUAACUGGGAGCUUUAAAACUGAGGACUAUGGCUAUUGCAUGAGGACCAAGCAUUACCGGGAUCUUGCUUAUGCAGUUUCCUUUCUACCAUAUUACUGGAGGGCAAUGCAGUGUGCUCGGAGAUGGUUUGAUGAGGGACAGACAAGCCACCUUGUCAACCUAGGCAAAUAUGUGUCAGCAAUGUUGGCAGCCGGAGCCAAGGUGGCCUAUGAGAAAGAAAAAGGUGUUGGAUGGCUGUGUCUUGUUGUGGUCGUGUCCAGUGCUGCAACAGUGUACCAAUUGUACUGGGACUUUGUAAAGGACUGGGGUUUGCUACAAAUGAAUUCCAAGAACCCCUGGCUUAGGAAUGAAUUAAUGCUUCGGAGAAAGAUCAUUUACUACUUAUCUAUGGGUUUAAACAUGAUUCUCAGGCUUGCUUGGUUGCAAACUGUUCUCCAUUCAAGCUUUGAACAUGUUGACUACAGAGUCACUACCCUAUUUUUAGCAGCCCUUGAAGUCACUAGAAGGGGGCUGUGGAAUUUUUUCAGGCUGGAGAAUGAGCAUCUAAAUAAUGCAGGCAAAUUUAGGGCAGUUAAGACAGUACCACUUCCUUUUCAUGAAGUGGAUGAGGAAGACUGAUGCCCAUUGGCAACAGUUGCAAUGGAAUUAUAUUCGCUCAAACACAUCCAAGAGCAACCUUGUUGUCCUCACUCAAGUUGAUGUAGAAGAAUACAUCAACAUUCUUCAUAUUGUUCAUUGGAUUAUGGGAACAAGGACCAAGGUUCAUACUUGUAUACAAAAUUCUUAUUCAACAAUGAAGAGAAAAGUAAUGCAAAAUCACAGUUGUCUUAAUAUCUAGUUGCUGCCUUAUUACAAAGGAUUGUGUUUCUCUUCUGCUGACAUUCUGCCCUGCUUGAAACAUCCUUCCCAGCUUGUGGGAACAGGUCAAAAUUUGGCACCCUGUUUUUACUGUUGUGCCACUAGUUUCAAUAAAAAAAUGAA